AUGGAUCUUCAAACAGAUGAAAUCCAAAAUCCAGGUCAAAUUUUUGAAAAACCAAAGCAAUUUUCAGUUGAAAUGCUAAUGGACAAAAGUGAUGAAGAGCUUCAAGUCGCCCUUGAAGAGUUAAGGAAAAAAGAUCUCCAAUACUCAGGAGUUUUACUUCAAUCAUUAUUACCAUCUCAAGGAAGAUGCCCUGUCUGCACUUUAAAGGUGCCUUGCAAACACUAUUCCUCAAUCGACCAAAUUCCGAAGCAAAAACCUGUACAUGCAAAAAGAUCUGUAUCACCUAUAUUAAAUUUAUCUUGCAAUCUGGAAACGCCUGAAUCUUCUAGCUUGUCUGUAUAUUCAGCAUCCUCAGGACAAAAAUCACUGCAAAUGCGCUUUAGGACUUCUGAUGGAACGGUAUAUCAAGAUAUAUUGAACCAUCCUCAAAGGCGAAAAUCGCUUGAAGAAUACAGAAAAUUGAAACAAAUAGAAAAAAUUGAAAUAUAUAGGGAAAAUAAGCUAAGAAAAGAAAUUGAAAAGAUUGAGGAAUUGAAAAGACAGCAAGCAGAAGAAAAGGAAAAGCUAAGGGAAGCAGAAGAGAAAAGAAAGAAAUAUGCAGAAAAACAAAAAGCUAAAAUCAGAGCCUAUAGAGGAGCUGAAAUGAAUAAAAAGAAACCUGUUGAAGGGGAAACUGAAAUAAAAAUAAAAAACCGAUCAGUUGAUGAGCCGAAACGAAGGCCAAACAACAUAAAACUGUUUAGACUGCAAGAGCUUAGACGGAAAAAGAAAAAUUUAGAUUACAUUAUUGAUUUACAAUUUGAAAAUUUAGAGAAAGAAAAGAAGCAAAGAAUGAACCAAGAAAAAUAA